UAUUAACCCAGCUGGAACUGGGAAAUCAUUCAAAAAUAUGCCACAAACCCCUAAAAGUACAUCAUCCCAUUACCAAACAUCUAGUGAACCCCCAAAAUAUUCAACAGGAAAUUACAGUUUCUCGAAAAAUGAAAAACCAGAAUCUAAUGAUAUCGGUGACAAUAAAAUUGCCGUUGUGUCGAUGAAAAGACUGUCGUUCUUCGAGUGGGCAAACGUAAUAGUGGGUAAUAAACUUGUCAAAAAGGAUAACGAUAUAGCAGAUGAAGAAAGCGGCAUUGAAAUUGUUGAAGAAAACGGCAUUGAGAUUGUUGAAGAAAAUCCUGAAUUUUAG